AGCUUGGACGUGUUUAAUACAUUUAUUAUGAUAAAAUCACUGUUGUAUUUUUUUUGUUUUCUAUCUUCGUUUGUUAAUAUAGAAGCAAAACCUUGCUACACGUGUAUACAAGACGGUGGUGGGGAUUUUUUAAGUGGGUAUGAUGGGGGAUACAGUAGUACCUAUGACUCCUAUGGUGGUACAUACAGCAGUUACCAUAGUGGCUAUGGUGGAGGAAGUCCAAUGAUGGGUAAUUAUUUACAAGGUGGUGGUGAGGUUGGUGGCGUUGAUCUACUAGGUACUGCUUUAGUACUAGGUACUGGCAUUACAAAGGCUAUUUAUCAAAACAGCGGUGGUAUUUGGGAUGGCAGUAGUGGUUUUCAUGGUGGCGGCUAUCAUCACGGCGGUGGUUUUCGACACGCUGGUGGUUAUGGCCAACAAGGCUUCCAAAAAGGUUUUCAAGAAGGUGGUGGCUAUCGACAAGGCGGUGGUUCACAACACAGUGAGGAAAAUGGAAAAUCUGGAAGUGACAGCGAGAGUGGCCAAAAAGCCAAUGAGGAUAAGAAAAGUAACAUAUACAAUAUAGGAAAUGGGCGCGAGAAUCAAAAUACUGUUAACAUAUAUUUGAAUAAAUGCGAAGCGGGUCAGCGGAGCACCAUCCCCAUCCAGCACCUUUCGCUACCAAGCACUUAAGAUCACUUUUUAAUUUUUAAGUAUAUUUUAAUGAAAUAUAAAUAGUAUAUAGUGAAAUAUAAACUUCUAGUUAAUAAAAAUGUGACGUGU